ACCGUGGGUGUUCGUAUCCUUCCUCGCAAUGCCGGAUGGCGUACGUGGUGGAUAUCCAGCUCCCAUUGACCUGAAGCCCUCGGACUUCUCUGAAUGGAUUGCGUCACAAGAGUGCACGGACAGUCUUGCAGAAGCCUUAGAGAUGGCCAACUCCAAGAUCCUUGAGUACACCAAGAAGAAGUUGGACUUGGAGAAGGCUCUCAAGGAGCGAGGGGCGAAAAAGGAACACCAUGAGGAAGAGCAGGUCGCCCAGGAAGAGGAGAGCCCGGAGAGCCCGAAGAAAGGAGUGGGCCAGAACAUUCGGAGCAUCAUCCAGCAAAUUGAGCAGGGCACGAUUGAUGGGAUACAACUCAAUUUCAAAAACAUCACGCAGGGUGAAGCAAAGGCCUUGGCUGAGGCAAUGGUGGCAAAUGCGGAGGAAAACACCAUCAAGACGCUCGACCUCUAUGGCAACAAGUUCGCGGAUGAGGGGGUUAUGGCAUUCUCCGAAGUCAUCGCCAAUGAGAACUCCGCUGUGGAGAAGCUCAAUCUAGGCGGCUGUGACAUGACAGACCUCGGAGCUUUUGUACUUGCUGAAGCUUUGAAGAAGAACGAGACAGUGAAAGAGUUAAACAUUAAUGGCAAUGGAGGCAUCACAGCUCGAGGCAUCGGAGCCAUAGCCAAAGCUUUGGGGACCAAUUCCCGCAUCACCAGUCUACGGGUGAACGAUGGUGUGCUGGAUCGUGAUGGAGCUUCACAUUUAGCCCAAGCCUUAAGGACGAACUCGGCACUCAAAGCUAUCUACUUGGGUUUCAACCAGAUGAUGGGGAAGAGCGCUGCAGACAUUGCACGUGCGUUGAGGAAGAACAGGUCGUUAGAAGUCGUUAACCUUUCAUAUUGUGACAUCAAUGAUGACACCGUGAAUGAGAUUGCCUUGGCAUUGCAAGAGAACAAGGAGACAGCUUUGAUGAUGAUCGACUUGUCUGGCAACAACAUCACAGACGCCGGGGCUGAAAGGCUUGUUCAAGCUUUGAACGAAAGCAAAAAUCAGACGAUCUUGGACAUUAACCUUCGUGGCUGCAGUGUGUCCUCCUGCAGUGACAAGCGUGUCAGAGUUUAACCACAGUUCGGCUGGCAUAGUUCCCGGAGCGUCAGUGUUGAGAGUUGCCUGAGAUGCUCCGAGACGGGCUGCACUACAUGGCUCUAGACCAGCCCUUCAACCAGCCCUUCACUUGUUUUGAUUCGAAC